UUUUUAGUUCAGUCUCAGUCGUUCUAUCACGUUGGUCGCACUUUAAAUUAGUUGUUGUUUCAAAGAAAGAAAAAAACUUUCUUAAUUUUUUUCUUAAAUACGUUUAACAAAUUUGCUUAACUACUAUCUUAUCAUUGAAAAAAAGUCCAUAAACAUGUCUGGAUCAGCAUUUACUAGUUUAGAAGAAACCUUGAAAAAGUACAUUCCGACAGAGGAAUUAUUAGAAGUGAAGAGAGUUUUAUACGGGCAAUCAGAGGAAAAACCCCUGGCUCUUCCGAAAGAAGCAACGACACUCGCUCAAAAGAAUAAUUUUGAGAUCAAAGGUUACGUGUUUGACGCGUUGCCCGAGUCAACGCGACCAGCGCGAAUUGUCAAGGUAGGAGCCAUCCAACAUUCAAUUGUGCUGCCCACAUCCGCUCCAAUUCUCGACCAACGAAAUGCCAUUUAUGACAAAAUUAAGACUUUGAUAGACGCUGCUGGAGCCGCUGGUGUCAAUGUCGUUUGUUUACAGGAAGCAUGGACAAUGCCAUUUGCAUUUUGCACACGUGAAAAGCAUCCAUGGUGUGAAUUUGCCGAAGACGCUGUCACGGGUCCAUCGACGCAAUUUUUGCAAGUUCUCGCAAAGCAAUACAACAUGGUCAUCAUCUCACCCAUUCUCGAACGAGACGAAAAUCAUGGAGAUACGAUCUGGAAUACGGCCGUUGUAAUUUCCAAUCACGGUACAUAUUUGGGUAAACAUCGCAAAAAUCAUAUUCCACGAGUGGGUGAUUUCAACGAGUCCACUUACUAUUAUGAGGGAAAUACGGGUCAUCCAGUGUUUGAGACAGAAUUCGGAAGAAUUGCCAUUAAUAUUUGCUAUGGCAGACAUCAUCCGCAAAAUUGGAUGAUGUUCGGCAUUAACGGAGCUGAAAUCGUGUUCAAUCCAUCUGCAACGAUUGGAGCUCUCAGCGAACCUUUAUGGGGUAUUGAGGCCCGAAAUGCUGCCAUUGCCAACAGUUACUUCACAGUAGCAAUUAAUCGUGUCGGAACAGAAACUUUUCCCAACGAAUUUAGUUCGGGCGAUGGAAAACCUGCUCACAAAGAUUUCGGUCCUUUUUAUGGCUCCUCUUACGUUGCGUGUCCCGAUGGAAAACGUUCUCCUGGCUUGUCGCGUGACAAGGACGGCUUGUUAGUUGCUGAAAUUGACUUGAAUUUGUGUCGACAAAUCAAGGAUCAUUGGGGCUUCCGUAUGACACAAAGACUUCCGUUGUAUGCUGAUGCACUAAAUGCUGCCAUUCAAUUGGACUUUCAACCACAAAUAUUCAAGUGAAGUUAUUGACGAAAUAAAUCGUAAUGAAAUUUGUGUGGAAAUUUUAUGAUAAUCAAAGCAAA